AUGGCUAGCCGCCCGGCAGCAGCAGCAGCAGCCGCAGCAGCAGCAGCGACUCGCGCUGGCAGCAAGGCAGCCGCGCCGCCGUCACCGCCGCAGCGCCUCCCGGCCGAGGAUGGCGGCCCGGGCGCCGCCUCCACAUCGGCCGCCGCCGCAAUGGCGACCGUCGGGGAGCGCAGGCCCCUGCCCAGUCCAGAAGCGAUGCUGGGACAGUCGUGGAAUCUGUGGGUCGAGGCUUCCAAACUUCCUGGGAAGGACGGGACGGAAUUGGACGAAAGUUUCAAGGAGUUUGGGAAAAACCGCGAAGUCAUGGGGCUCUGUCGCGAAGACAUGCCAAUAUUUGGUCUCUGUCCAGCCCACGAUGAUUUCUACUUGGUGGUGUGUAACGACUGUAAUCAGGUUGUCAAACCGCAGGCAUUUCAAUCACAUUAUGAAAGAAGACACAGCUCGUCCAGCAAGCCUUCUUGGGCCGCUCCUCCCACUUCAGUAUUUCCCUUCUUCCCUUCUCUGUCCAAAAGCAAAGGAGGCAGCGGAAGUGGAAGCAACCGUUCUUCCAGUGGAGGUGUUCUAGGCGCAUCCUCAUUAAGUUCCAAGUUGCUGAAAUCACCCAAAGAGAAAUUGCACCUCAGGGGGAACACCAGGCCAAUGCAUCCCAUUCAGCAAAGUAGAGCCCCCCAUGGUAGAAUCAUGACGCCCUCUGUCAAAGUGGAGAAGAUUCAUCCGAAGAUGGACGGCACACUACUGAAAUCUACGGUGGGGCCGACCUGUCCUGCUACUGUGAGUUCCUCAGUCAAGCCUGGCCUUAACUGCCCCUCGAUACCAAAGCCAACCUUGCCUUCACCUGGACAGAUUCUGAAUGGCAAAGGGCUUCCCGCACCAUCCGCUCUGGAAAAAAAGUCUGAAGAUAAUUCCAGUAACAGGAAAUUUUUAAAUAAGAGAUUAUCAGAAAGAGAGUUUGAUCCUGACAUACACUGUGGGGUCAUUGAUCUCGACACCAAGAAGCCCUGCACCCGGUCUUUGACAUGCAAGACACAUUCCUUAACUCAGCGGAGGGCUGUCCAGGGUAGAAGAAAACGAUUUGAUGUGUUAUUAGCCGAGCACAAAAACAAAACCAGGGAAAAGGAAUCGAUUCGCCAUCCGGACUGUCAGCAACCAACGCAGCCUCUCAGGGACCCGCAUCCCGCCCCUCCUAGACCUCCACAGGAGCCACACCAAAACUCUCACGGAGUGAUUCCUUCUGAAUCAAAGCCUUUCGUAGCUAGUAAACCUAAACCUCACACCCCCAGUCUUCCAAGGCCUCCAGGCUGCCCUGCACAGCAAGGUGGGAGUGCCCCCAUUGACCCUCCUCCAGUCCAUGAAUCUCCACACCCUCCCCUGUCUGCCACUGAGCCAGCUUCUCGGUUAUCCAGUGAGGAGGGAGAAGGCGAUGACAAAGAAGAGUCUGUUGAAAAACUGGACUGUCAUUAUUCAGGUCAUCAUCCUCAGCCAGCAUCUUUUUGCACAUUCGGGAGCCGGCAGAUUGGAAGAGGCUAUUACGUGUUUGACUCCAGGUGGAACCGGCUUCGCUGCGCCCUCAACCUCAUGGUGGAGAAGCAUCUGAACGCGCAGCUGUGGAAGAAAAUCCCACCAGUGCCCAGCACCACAACACCUGUCUCCACACGUGUUCCUCACCGGACAAACUCUGUGCCCACAUCGCAGUGUGGGGUCAGCUAUCUGGCAGCGGCCACUGUGUCUACGUCCCCAGUCCUGCUCUCGUCCACCUGCAUCUCCCCAAACAGCAGAGCGGCACCAGCUCAUGGAACCACACUGAACGCACAGCCCGCCGCCUCCGGGGCAAUGGAUCCUGUGUGCAGUAUGCAAUCCAGACAAGUGUCCUCUUCGUCCUCCUCCCCCUCCACACCCUCCGGCCUUUCCUCAGUCCCCUCCUCCCCUAUGUCCAGAAAACCUCAGAAGUUGAAAUCCAGCAAGUCUUUGAGGCCCAAGGAGCCUUCUGGUAACAGCACUAACUGUCACAAUGCCAGUAGCAGUACCAGCGGCGGCUCAGGAAAGAAACGCAAAAAUAGCUCCCCACUGUCAGUCCACUCCUCCUCCUCCUCCUCCUCCUCCUCUUCCUCCUCCUCCUCUUCUUCUCAUUCCAUGGAGUCUUUUAGGAAAAACUGUAUGGCACACUCUGGGCCUCCCUACCCCUCAACGGUAACAUCUUCCCACGGCAUCGGCCUCAACUGUGUGGUUACUAAAGCGAACUCGGUGAGUGUCCGGCACGACCAGUCAGGGAGGGGCCCCCCCGGUGGGAGCCCCGCUGAGUCCAUCAAGAGGAUGAGUGUGAUGGUGAACAGCAGUGACUCCACGCUUUCUCUUGGCCCGUUCAUUCACCAGUCCAGCGAGUUGCCCGUCAACUCCCACGGCAGUUACUCACACUCUCACACUCCUCUAGACAGACUCAUAGGAAAGAAAAGAAAGUGCUCGCCCGGCUCAAGCAGCGUCAACAACGGCAGCAGCAAACCCACAAAGAUUGCCAAAUUGCCAGCCAUGAACAACGUGCACAUGAAACACGCGGGCGCCAGCCCAGGGGCACAAGGACUGACGAACAGUUCCCUCCUUCAUCAGCAGAUCUUCUUUCCUUGCUGUCGAACAGGAAUUUCAGCAACAUCACCCCAGAGCCCUGAUUUGCAGUCCAAAGGCACGUCCCUGACAGCUGAACAUGGCACGGGGAGGAAUAAUCUGGACACUUUUGACGACAAGUUACACCUCCACUCAGCACUAUGGACUCCACGAUGCCUUUGA